UUGUUUUUUUUUUUUUUUGAGACACAGUCUCGCUCUGUCGCCAAGACUGGAGUGCAGUGGCACCAUCUCCACUCACUGCAACCUGCACCUUCCAGGUUCAAGUGAUUCUCCUGCCUCAGCCUCCCGAGCAGCUGGGAUUACAGGCGCCCGCCAACACGCCGGGCUAAUUUUUGUAUUUUAAAAUACACCAUGUUGGCCAGGCUGAUCUCGAACUCCUGACCUCAAAUAAUUCACCCACCUUGGCCUCCCAAAGUGCUGGGAUUAUAGGCAUGAGCCACUGGACCCGAUCCUAAAUGUUUUGCUUGAGCCAAACAGACAUGGGAAAGACCAGGGGAGCAGGACUGAGAAGAGACGUAUGCGAAAAAAAUUAAUAAUUUUCUUUCAGAAAUACUGAUUUUGAAAUGCCCAUUGAACAGCCAAAUAAAUAUGUCAGGCUGAACAAACACGCAAGUCUGCGGAACAGAAGCAGAGGAAAGAUUUAUAAGUUUGGGAGCUAUUUUAUGUAAAUGGUAUAUAAAGACAAGAAUGAGAUCCUAGGGAUCGAGCACUGAUGGAAAAGAAUCCAAAAAACUCAGCACUACUAUAAUACCCCAAAGUUCGGAGGUAAGAAGAAUGAGGAUCCAGCAAACAAGACUAAGCAGUAGUAACCAGUGAGGAGAUUUUGAGGGGAAGCAAGAAAGACUAAAACCCAGAGACUGAGAGAGAAAAGGGUAUGAAGAAAUGUCAAAUGUUCUUGAUAUGCUAAGUCAUAUGAGAAAUGAAAAUACACUUUUUAAAUUUAUCAAUUAGGGGUCAAGUGACCUUGACAAGAGAUUUUAGGUGGAGUAGACUAGAACUACGUUAAGAAGACUAGAAACUACGUAAGACUAGAACUGACGGUCCUCGGCGGGUCUGGACGUGGCGGGUUGCUUUCCAAAAUGGCGCGCGCGCUGAGGGCUGCAGCCGCGAAUGCCAGACUGGGGAGAAACCAGAAAGGAGAGCAAGUCCUGUAAAAACAACUACUACUUCGGCCGAACUCCAGGCAUGACCAGCUUUGUGUUGGGAACACUCAAAGGGGUUUUUUUCCAGACUCCAAGCUCCCAUACCAACAGUAAGAGCUUCUUCCACGUCACGGCCCUUGGAUCAAAUGGCAGGUUCUGUGUGGAACCGUGGUCGACUCAAUCAUGUAGCCAUAGCAGUGCCAGAUUUGGAAAACGUGCAACAUUUUAUGAGAAUAUUCUGGGGGCCCCGGUAAGUGAAGCGGUCCCUCUUCCUGAACAUGAAGUAUCUGUUGUUUUUGUCAACCUGGGAAAUACCAAGAUGGAACUGCUUCAUCCACUGGGAUGUGACAGUCCAAUUGCAGGUUUUCUGCAGAAAAACAAGGCUGGAGGAAUGCAUCACAUCUGCAUCGAGAUGGGGAAUAACAUUUUGAUGGCAAUUUAAUCGUGAUUUUCAUGUGUAUCUUGAUAAGGUCAAAGGUGGAUAAUAUUAAUGCAGCUGUGAUGGAUUUGACAAAAAAGAAGAUCCGCAGUUUAAGAGAAGAGGUCAAAAUAGGAGCACAUGGAAAACCAGUGAU